CGUGUCAUCAACAACUAUAUUGUAAUAAUGAAUCAGACACACACUUGUCAUUUUGCCCAACAUGCUGCUGAGAAUCAGAACGAAGAUGAAAAACACAGUAGGAUGUUAGCCUUUAGAGGUUAGGGAUUUCAAGCUUGUUUAUCUUACAAUCUGUUCAGGUACAACUCUGAUCCACAUUCUUCUAUUAUCUUCCCUCUCUUCCUGGACUGCAUCGUUCUCUUACCGUUUUCACUCUAUUCACUUGCUAAUUAGUAAUGUUGAUGUAAGGCGUAUAGACAUGCAUAGAGAAAACCUCUUUAAUCUCUAGACAUAUCACAAGUUUUUUUUUCAACUUUCAAUAGCAUUUGUUGGUGUAUAUAUUAUAGGAUGGAAUUUGAAGAAGCGGAAGAUGAAGAGUGGGAUACUAGAAAAUACUCGUCCAAAAGUAAUGCUGCAAAUGGUUGCAUGAUGAGGUGGCUGCUCAAAAUGGGAGUCUGUGUUGGAAAGAAGAUCUUAGUGGCUGGUUUCAUAGCUUCAGCUGCUCCUGUGCUUGUUCCACCUCUUGCGGUGGCUUCUGUUAUUGUCAUUGCUCUUUCUAUGCCUUAUGCAGUUUUCUUGGCUAGCCAUGUAUGCACUCAGAAUUUAAUGAGUAAAUUGCUCCCUAGGCCUACUCUCCAGGAUCCCCCAUUGCUUAAAAGGAUAUGUUUUAAGCAGGGUGGUUGUGAUGAUAUGCAGAUAUAUAGAGAGGAACAAGCCCUUGUAGAUGAAGCAAAGAGAGACAUUGAAAUCGAUGGUUUUGGUAUGAAGAAUGGAGAAAAUGUGACAGUGGGGAGUGAGUGUGGUCCACGAGAAGAAGAUGCCACUGAUGGAAUUGAGGAAAACUCACCAGGAGAAAAUAAUGGAGUGCAAGUGCAACCAUUUAGUGAGGACUAUGAAGAAUUUAAGACUUUUGAGGUUAAAACUUUGUUUUUACAUGAAUCCCAGGAUCAGCCCAUGGAGGGUGAUAUAGAGGAAGCAGAGUUACAAAGAGAAACAAAGGGACUGUUAGAAAAAAUUAGAGAUGAGGGUAGAACUGAUAAGACUAGGGAGAGAGGAGAAUAUGCAGAAGGAAUAUGUAGAGGGGCAGAUGAAAGGGGUAAAAGAAUUGGUUCUGUUGAAGAUAUGGAAGAAUCAUUGGCAGAAGAAGCUAGUACCAUUGGGGAAACUGGAGAAGACUUGAGAAAGGAAGAAGAUCCAAAUCUACGGGAGGAGAUGCUUCAUUCAAGAAAUGAUGAAAAUAUGGAUACCAUGUUAGAAGGAAAAGAAUUUGACACUACAAAUGAUUCAAGGAAGUCAUUGGCUGAACCUUCUGAAAUACUGAUUCCAGGUGAACCAAUUGAAGCUUCACCAAUAGAAGCGAUGGUUUAUAACAUUCAAAUGGAUGAGAACUCUUCUCAGGACUCAGAAAAUCAAGAAUCUCAGAUGCAUGAAUUAAAUGAAAGGAUGUACUUGGAAGAUGCAGAAGCUAGAGAAAUUGCUAAUGAAAGUGCACAUGAUUUGUUUGAUGGAAAACAGAUAGACCCUGAUGAGAAGACAUACACAAUUGAUUUGCAUGAAGAAUCUUCAAUUAUUGGCAGAUGCACAGAUUCUAUGGAAGUUCUUGUUUCCUCUGUAGAACAAGAGUCUUGGCCAUCUGAAUGCUCCUCUGAAGAAAACAUUAUCUCUUCUUCUGAAGAGGUAGUAUUGGGUGAUGAGAAGAUGUGGAAAGAGAUUAAUGUGAUAAGGAAGAUAGUAGGAUAUGAAGGUAGAAAGGAAGCAUCAUGUGCCGAUGAAUUGAAGGCUCUUUACAUCUUCACUGGAGUUGAGCCUCCAACAUCUCUCAAUGAGAACUCCAUCCACCCCUUAGAAAUCAAGGAGAAACUCCAAUUUCUUAUGUCCAUCCUUGGAAUUAAGCCCAACAUGACUNAUCCCCCAUUGCUUAAAAGGAUAUGUUUUAAGCAGGGUGGUUGUGAUGAUAUGCAGAUAUAUAGAGAGGAACAAGCCCUUGUAGAUGAAGCAAAGAGAGACAUUGAAAUCGAUGGUUUUGGUAUGAAGAAUGGAGAAAAUGUGACAGUGGGGAGUGAGUGUGGUCCACGAGAAGAAGAUGCCACUGAUGGAAUUGAGGAAAACUCACCAGGAGAAAAUAAUGGAGUGCAAGUGCAACCAUUUAGUGAGGACUAUGAAGAAUUUAAGACUUUUGAGGUUAAAACUUUGUUUUUACAUGAAUCCCAGGAUCAGCCCAUGGAGGGUGAUAUAGAGGAAGCAGAGUUACAAAGAGAAACAAAGGGACUGUUAGAAAAAAUUAGAGAUGAGGGUAGAACUGAUAAGACUAGGGAGAGAGGAGAAUAUGCAGAAGGAAUAUGUAGAGGGGCAGAUGAAAGGGGUAAAAGAAUUGGUUCUGUUGAAGAUAUGGAAGAAUCAUUGGCAGAAGAAGCUAGUACCAUUGGGGAAACUGGAGAAGACUUGAGAAAGGAAGAAGAUCCAAAUCUACGGGAGGAGAUGCUUCAUUCAAGAAAUGAUGAAAAUAUGGAUACCAUGUUAGAAGGAAAAGAAUUUGACACUACAAAUGAUUCAAGGAAGUCAUUGGCUGAACCUUCUGAAAUACUGAUUCCAGGUGAACCAAUUGAAGCUUCACCAAUAGAAGCGAUGGUUUAUAACAUUCAAAUGGAUGAGAACUCUUCUCAGGACUCAGAAAAUCAAGAAUCUCAGAUGCAUGAAUUAAAUGAAAGGAUGUACUUGGAAGAUGCAGAAGCUAGAGAAAUUGCUAAUGAAAGUGCACAUGAUUUGUUUGAUGGAAAACAGAUAGACCCUGAUGAGAAGACAUACACAAUUGAUUUGCAUGAAGAAUCUUCAAUUAUUGGCAGAUGCACAGAUUCUAUGGAAGUUCUUGUUUCCUCUGUAGAACAAGAGUCUUGGCCAUCUGAAUGCUCCUCUGAAGAAAACAUUAUCUCUUCUUCUGAAGAGGUAGUAUUGGGUGAUGAGAAGAUGUGGAAAGAGAUUAAUGUGAUAAGGAAGAUAGUAGGAUAUGAAGGUAGAAAGGAAGCAUCAUGUGCCGAUGAAUUGAAGGCUCUUUACAUCUUCACUGGAGUUGAGCCUCCAACAUCUCUCAAUGAGAACUCCAUCCACCCCUUAGAAAUCAAGGAGAAACUCCAAUUUCUUAUGUCCAUCCUUGGAAUUAAGCCCAACAUGACUUAGAAUGUAACACAUUUGUGUUUUGUUUUCUGCAUAUUUCAGUCAAUUUAAACAAGUUCCUUAAAAUGAAGGAUAUUUUUUAGGAUUCCCUAGGUAAACUUAUUAUACAAUGUCUUAAUCUUAAUUGUUUCCAUGUUUAGGG